AUGGACAUGGAAGCCAUAAAAAUGCUGAUGUCGCAAAGCGGCGAUGCGAACAACAAGUCCAAUUGCCAUAUAGCCGCGAUAUUACGAGGCAGCAGUCACAGCACCAGCAGCAGCACCAGCAGCACCAGCAGCACCAGCAGCAGCAGUGAAAGAAAAAAGAAAGUUAUUGCUGGAGCCGGUUGUUGCCGUGGUUCUACUGGCAACCUGCUGCUGCAGCCAUUCGUUGCUACACUUUGCAUAUUGUUGGCGGUUCGUUUGAGUCCGACUCCUGCAUCGGCAUCGUUGACGCCCGCCAAUGAGACCGCGUGGCCACCCAUGUAUCAUUAUGAUAUUUGGAGCGACAAUCCGAAUGAAUCGGAUACCCAACAGGAGGAGGAGGAGGAGGAUCAGUUGACUGCCAUUGAAAUGCAGGAGCAACAGAGCCUCAAUCAGAGUCUGUCCGGGAAUAGCAGACAUGGCAAGGUGAUUCAUCUGUUCCCUGUGCCCGUGGAUGGAGAAUGCCUGUCCAAUGAUGAUCGUCGCAUUGGCAACUGUCUGAAUGCCUACGAGUGCCGCCAAAAGGGUGGCCAGUCCCAGGGUGAAUGUGCCAUGGGAUUCGGUGUCUGCUGUGUGUUUCUGGCCAGCUGCAACGUCACCAUAACCAACAACAUCACCUAUAUCGUCUCGCCCAGCUUUCCCAGCUUCAUGCCCGCCAAUUUCACUGGCUGCAGCCUGAAGGUGAAGAUGAUGAGCGAGGAUAUCAGCCAGUUGAGGAUCGAUUUUCAUCACUUUACGCUGGGACAACCGAAUCGACGGACGGGCGUCUGUGAGGGCGAUGUAUUCAACAUUAGUGGCGGACCAGGCGGAGCCAUUUCCCUUUGUGGACAGAAUAGUGGACAGCAUUUGUACUAUGAUGUGGGAGCUCGGGCCUCGCCACGACAAUCCACAUUGUAUGGCAGUCUACGUCCCGUAGAUUCAGUCAAUGCGAGCAGCACCAGCAAUGCCACUGGCGAUCGCAUCAUCGACAUCAAUCUCAACCUGUCCAAUCGGCUGCUGCCACUACGCAUUUGGGAGAUGAGCGUGGUGCAGAUACCAUUCAGCCAGCGUGCACCAGCGGGUUGUCUGCAGUAUCACACGGGCAUCGAGGGCGUCAUGCAGACCUUUAACUUUGCCGAGAAUGGGCGGCAUCUGGCCAACCAGAACUAUCGCAUUUGUGUGCGCCAGGAGACGGAUAUGUGCUCGAUUAUGUAUCAGCCAUGCGAUGAGCAGUCAUUCAGGAUUGGCGGCGAUGGGCGAAUGUCAUCGGGAACAUCUUUCUCGUUGAAUGACGACGGAGGUGGACCAUCAGCGAGUCCUGAUACAGCUACGGCACUGUCGGAUAAUGCAGGAGGAGGAGGAGGAGGAGCAGCUGCUCCAGCUAAUGGGGUAACAACCACAUCAGCUCCUACGUCUAGCAGCCUGAUGCAGAUGCUGGCCAACAUGGCCAACUCCACCACAACGACUCUGAUGUCCAUGAUGUCAAGCAAUUCGACUGCAGCGUCAUCGGCAGCUCCAUCCACCGCCAGCAGCAGCACAGCAGCCAUGACCACGACGACAACAAGCACCACCCCGACGCCUCUACGCUCCAGCACAGCGGCUGCCACCGAGGAGAGCACAUCUUCGUCUGAGGCGCCCGCUUCCUCGCCCGCCAGCGAUGAUGCAGAAGGUUCUGGGGGGGAGGAUGGCAUCGACGAGGACAGCGACAACGAUGGCGGCUUCCUUUUCUUUAGGAGUCCACCAACCACAGAAGAGCCUGGCUUUUCGCGACGUCCACGGCCUGUGGGCAGCAGCCCCCCCAGCGGAGGAUUCGACCUGUUCGGCUUCCUGCGCAACGCUUUUGAUUUGCAACUGAGACGGCGGCGUCGCCGCGAGGCUCGACAGUUCUUCAGCACCUGCACGGAUCGCAUAACAAUGCCGUGCAUCAUCGAGGACUUCAUUGGCACUGGCCUGGGUCCCCUGCCCGGCUGUGAGCCCGUCCACUGUGGUGCCCAGUUCUGCUCCUCGGGCGUGUGGCCAUGCCGCAUCGAAAGUACAGUCACUCCCUUCUACAUUGGAGUGCAUUUUGGCGAUGGCGCGGGCAUGGGUAAGGGCAAUGCUGAGGACAAUGUGGGAGCCUGUUUGCGCUUCUCGCAAGUGCAGUGCAUGUGAUGCAGGAUGCAGCAGCAGCAAGGAUCUGUAGCCACAUUUCGUUUUAGAAAAUGUUUAAAACUAC